CUGCAACGGUUGUCUGCAGAAGCUAGUCGCAAAGUAGAGGAAGCGAGGCUCGCCGUUGAGCGUAAAUGGUUCGAAGGCGUUUACCCCGAGUGUCACCCUUCAGAUGAAGAUAUCAGUCGGAUGAAGGCCCAGUAUCAUUACAGUCCAGGAUUUAUUCACAUCGCCGUUGUUGGCUCUGCUGGAGCUGGCAAGUCGUCCUUCAUUAAUGCCGUCCGUAGUUUGUCUAGAAAUGACCCCGUGCCCGCUCCUGCGGGAAUUGUCGAAAUCACUGACACUGUCACGAGGUAUGCUGAUCCGCGCCAAGAUUCUCGGAUGGUUUGGUACGAUGUUCCCGGAUCAGGCACUCCAAAGGUGCCUGACUGGCAGUACUUCAAUGACAUGGGCCUCUACAUCUUCGACUGCAUCAUCAUGCUUACAGACGAUCGUUUCUUGGAUUCCGGCCUUGCCAUCCUCCGUGCCUGUAAGCCGUUCAAGAACAUUGAGGUGCUCCUUGUUCGCUCCAAGUCAGACCAGUACAUCAACGACAUGGUGUGCGAGAAGAUGCCGCAGGAUUUCGACCCUUAUGAUCCAGACGUGGACGCCGAAACACUUUCUCUUUUCCCGCUAAGGAAAUUAGAAGAACGGCAAAGGUUCAUCGACGAAACAUCCCAGAAUGUCCAAAUGCACCUUGAGAGGGAGAAGCUUCUUCCUAAGAAGGUCUACGUCAUUUGCAUAGACGCCAUGCUUGCAACAGUGAACAAGAUCCGCUCACCAAAGGCAAUUGACGAGGCAGACCUUCUGAAUGAUAUCAAAGGAAUUGUGUUGGAGCGUCUGCAGUUGGGGUGCUAAAAAAACAUGUCUUGCGUGGCAUCUUCAGCAUGCAUGAUAUCAUGUAUGUUUUAUCUGUGAUAUAACCAACAGCUUGCAACAGUAAAAACAUGCAUGGCUAUGGUACUAUUACAAUGCUCGUUAUGGCAUAUCAUGCACGGAUACGACAGUAUGGCCUGAUAUAUUACGACUGCACAGUACCUACUACUGUCUUUCUACUUUAAAAAGAUCUAUAGCGAUUCAGUCACGUCUACAUACGGUUCUCACGUUCUAUUAUCCUCUGAACCUCGAACUCUGGACCCUCCCGAACCUAAUCGUGGUUCAGUUCGAGGUUCAGAUCUAGAACUGGACAGCGGCAACUUUCGGUCCGCUGGCGCCGCUACCGAUUAAUACUGUUCUUUAGUCUCCGUCUC